AGAGACACAAAGAGGAGAGUUUAGGACACAUCGGCUUCCCAGGGACGGACGGGCUGCUGGCUGUUCGCUGCUCCUAAGCACCAAGGAAUCGGCAAAGUGAGGAGGAAGAAACUAGAGGAUGAAAAACAAAUCCCAAUAUCCACUUGAUGAUCUAUUACAAUUUUUUGUUUCAAAAUGAGAAGUUGGAAAAAUAUUUACAACGAGAAGAAAAUUAAAGAGGGCAGUGUGAUUUGACGCCCAGAGCAGUCUCUCCCUUUCCUAGUAAGUUGGUGAUUUGGAAAGUUAGUGUGUGUUUCUGCCCUGGGAGCUGGAUGCAGCAGCGAGUCCGGGCUGCCAGGCGCUGCUCUCAGUGCCGAGGGCGGGCAGCCACCCAGUGAAAGCUACAGCAAAGUGACACCGGCAGCGAGUCCCGGAGUGCAGUCAGUUCCAGUAUGAUGGUCCCGUGGACCUCCCUACUUCUGGCGCUUGUCGAUUACGUCCUCACGGAUGAAAUUGCAACUCAGGAUGGCUGCCUGUCAGCAGUAGCACAAUGCUCCUUGGACCCUGACUGCAGCUCAAGGUUCCGCAUACUUGGGCAGUGCAUGACUGGCAGUGGAAUAGAACAUGUACAACCAACUGCCAGGAAUGAAUGCAUGAUUGCUGCACUCGCUCUUCAGUCCAACCAGCUCUUCACAUGCAAGUGCAGAAGAGGGAUGAAGAAAGAGAAGGGCUGCCUACGGAUAUACUGGACCAUGCACCAGAGCCACGUCCCAGGUUACAAUGAUUUUGAAGCAUCACCCUAUGAAUAUUCGAUGCCUGGUCCGAGCUGGGGCCUGGACUAUGGUAGACUUGCCUCCCUGGUGUCAGAAGGACCCAAAGUUCAACGACCAGCCAGUGUUAACCACUGCUUAGACGCUGCUAAAGCAUGCAAUGUUGAUGAGACUUGUAAACAGUUCCGCAACGAGUAUGCCAAGUACUGCCUCAAGCCUGCCUCCAGAUCUGGCUGCAACAGACAUAAGUGUCACAAAAGCCUUCGCCGCUUUUUCGAUCUUGUGCCGGAGGAAUACAAAUACCCAGUCCUAUUCUGCCCGUGUGAAGACAGUGCAUGUGCUGAACGCAGACGACAGACCAUUGUUCCUGCUUGCUCUUUUGAGGAACCAGAUAAACAGAAUUGUUUGAGCCUGCAGGACACAUGCAAGACAGAUAUCAUUUGCAAAUCCCGACUCGCAGACUUUCAAACCAACUGCCAACCUUCCAAGAAGUCUGCCAGCUAUUGUUUCCGAGAGAACUAUAAUGCCUGCCUUCAGUCUUAUACAGGCCUCAUUGGCACAGUUCUAACACCAAACUACGUGAGUAACAGUAGCACUGAUAUCUCCAUAUGGUGCACAUGUGUCAACAGCGGCAACCAACGUGAGGAGUGUGAGAACCUACUGAACCUUUUCACAAGCAACAACUGCCUCAGAAAUGCUACAAAUUCAUACACCAGUUCCUUGCUGUUUCAUCUGUCAGAAAACAAGCAGCCUGCACUUACAACUACUCAACACUUAUCCCUCAACUUCCCAGGCAAGGAUGGGUCAAGCGAUGAUGCCAGUGAGUUAGUCAAAUUGGAGUCAAAUGAGGAUUGUGAUCGUAGAGACAAGCUAAAGGCUUCUGAAGAAAAGACGCAGCCUGAAAAAAUUACUGAUUGCAAUGCGAAUUCAGGAACUGAUAUUCAGAGCUUCUCUGUCAUGGUACCUAGCACCAUCACAUCACUCUACAUCUUCAUAACUAUCAUAGAAAAUUCCAUUUGAAAGGAUGUAAUCAAGACUUUUUAAAGAGACAGAAGGAGUGAAGAGAGUGUGAUACUGGCCUUCUCCUGUGCUCCCUCCUAAAAGCAAUUGCUUUGAAAAGAAAAACAAAUGCCUGAAAUACAACUUUGGACUGAGAAAAUAGUUUGUUAAAAUAGCCAGCAGACUCGUCUUCUUGCUAAAACAUUAACUGGAAACAUAGUACAGUUUAUUCCGCUGCAGUGUAUGUGUCAUAAGUGUAUGAUUCGCUAAAAUAUAUAACAAGUCAAAAUCUCUUCACAUUAAUUUACAUCACAGCCAAUAUGAGUGUGUAAGCAAUUUAGUUAAAUGGAUGGAUUUACGAACAAACAGUUACCCCUUUCAUUUAAUUCCCUUCCUAAUGCAAUUUUGGAAAGAAUAGCAUUAUUACAAACACUGAUUACACUUAGACCACUCAACACUCUCCCAUUUGUGGAAAAUUAGGCUCUUUUUCUUUCAGUUGGACAACAUCUGUGUGGGAGUAUAAGCAUUCUACUUUGGCUGUUUUAUUUUCCAUUAGAAGGGAAUUAAAGAGCAAAGAUUAUCCACUAACCUUUAAAUGAAAGGCUAGAAAGGUUAUACAUAGUCUGCAUAAUCUGAUAUAAGUAAACUCUCAUUUUGGGAUAUCACUUCUUCAUUUUGAGGCCUGUGUCCUACCCUAUGAAGCUGAGAGGUGUGAAUGUUGCUAUGCUGCUUUUCACAGGUGUCAUUGGACACCAGUUAUACCAUGAAAGGUAGUCCCAAAAUUGAAUGAGUGGUGGAGAUAAAUCAUUAUCUGUGCUACAAUAAGGAGUUUGGGCCAUUUCAAAACUUCUUGUUCAUAAACCAGUGAUGAACUCAACAAACCGUGCUCAAUGAUAAAUUACACAGUGAGUACUAUUUGUUAAAUCCAGACUAAUUCUCAUUGCAGCAGUUAUGUAAUGUGGUUGAAGUAAUUACGUGUAGCUGCCCAUCAAGGUGGUUCGAGAGGUCACCUUGUACUAAUGCUACGCGGGUGUCACUUACAUCGCACCUCUACCGUAUUCUAUGCAUUGUUUGUUUAAGUCAGAUGCUGUAAUUGUUAUAAUGUUGGAAAUGGUGGCAUUCCCUGUGUUGUAUAAUUUAAAUGUUUAAGAAAUAACCUGGCAAAACCACUGGUCUUGUUCCGACUACUGUAAAUGUCUUUUGUACUGUGUCAAAUGGCAGCUGCUGUGAUCUUGAAAUGGUAUUAGAAAACCACUGUGAAAAAGAACAGACAGCUGGACUGCAUGGCUGUGGUGAGAAAAUCAAUUUGAAAAGAAAAUUUACUGUCAUAUAUAAUAUAUAUUUUAUCAGUGAUAACAAAUUAGAUGAUUGUAAAGCUUCACUCUAAGAUUUGGAUUCAAAUACCAUUCAUAAACUCCAUGAAAUUGACCAUUUUCGUUUAUGGCAUUGAAUUUCUUGAAUGGAUUUGUGUCUUGUAAUUCACUGAUGUUGUUCUUUGCAAAUAUAAUCCAGCUAUGCUUUCAAUAUUGCUUCACUGUACAGAUCUGAUGUGUUUGAGUCAGUGAUGUGGCAUUGAACCAUACACAUCAAGAAGGUCUUUAGAUCACAUCUUGUAACUCAUCUACUAGUGACCAUAUUCUCCAUAUAAAUCAUCUGAAAACCACCAA